AUGCACUAUUCUGUCAUACUUCUGACUGUGUUGGUUGUGGGCUACGCAUUCUCCUUUUUCAUCAAGCGCAAUCGGUUGUCACUCCCACCAGGACCUCCACGACUCCCGCUGGUCGGUAAUCUCCACCAGUAUGCGAAGGAGGAGCCAUGGAAAACAUACCAAAAAUGGCAUGAGACGUAUGGGCCUAUGAUCGGCCUAAAAUAUGGCCAAAAGAUAGUCAUUGUGUUGGGAAAUCAUCGAGUCACGAGAGAUCUACUGGACAAAAGAAGCAGCUGGUAUAGUUCUCGUCCACAGAUGGUGGUGGCGGAUCGCGUCACAAAGGGUCUGCACAUUGGACUCCUGCCGUACGGGGAGAGAUGGAAGAUUCACCGACGCCUGCAGGCAGGGUUUCUCAAUGUACAAAUGUCUCAACUCUACCGGGACCUUCAGGACAUUGAAAGCAAGCAGCUGACCUACGAGAUGCUAUCGACAAAUGAUUUCCCGGGCCGCUUCCACCGCUAUGCGGCAAGUCUAAUCUUUGCCAUGGGCUACGGGAAGCGAAUGCUGCGGGGUGACGAGCAUGAAAUUCAGGAAGCCGACGCCCUAAUCAAGAAUAUUACCGAAGUGACGAUGCCGGGGAGUUGGUUGGUAGAUGCCUUUCCAAUCUUGAAAUGUCUUCCCCGAUGUCUUGCCAAAUGGAAGCAGAGAGGCGAUGAGUUCCAUCGGCGAGAGACAUCUCUUUUCACCCGGAACAUGGGCAGGGCGCUCGAGGAAACGGCUUGGAAUUGGGUCAAGAAGGUUGUGGAGUCUAAAGACUCUCAGAAGGUGUCAGCCGAAGAACUAUCUUACCUCGUUGGUAUCAUCUAUCAAACUGGGGGUGACACGACAGCAGCCGCUCUGGAAGUCUUCGUAAUGGCGAGUGUUCUUCAUCCACAAGUCGUGAGCCACGCACAACAGGAACUGGAUGAUGUAGUAGGGAAGAACAGGUUACCGUUGUUUUCUGAUAUUCCAAACCUGCCUUACAUCAACGCAUUUGUCAAGGAAGUACUCCGAUGGCGACCCAUUGCACCUCUUGGAUUGCCGCAUGCUGUGACCCAAGACGAUGAAUAUAUGGGUUACCUGAUCCCGAAAGGAGCAACGGUGAUCCCAAAUAUCUGGUCGCUAGGGCACGACGAGGAAGUGUUUGAAAGUCCAGCAGAAUUUCGCCCGGAGAGAUGGAUCGAAAACCCUAACUUGCCAGUUGAUGCAUUUGGCUUUGGAAGGAGAAUAUGCCCGGGACGACACAUUGCGUUAAACUCCUUGAGCAUCAUUGUCGCCAGACUACUCUGGAGUUACGAUAUUGGAAAUGAUCAGGAUAGUCCCGAAUGCAAGGCCGAUGCCUCAAGAUUGCGUCACUUUGGUCUCUUAGCACAGCCAAGGCAUUUCAAAGCAUCAUUCCAAGUUCGCGGACAAGAAAGGCUAUCCGUAAUACAGCGUGAAUGGAAAGAGUCAGUCAAAGACACAGAUGAGAUUCUGGAUGGCAUCAAAGCAAAGCUGGUUACAGAGUCCGACUAA